AUGGCUUCGCACAAUAACAAUAAGGAUGCCAACAUCUACCACGCACCAGUCGGUGGCAAUGGCUAUGGUGGCACUGUCAACAUGGGCCCUACGGCACCAGCACCGGCCAAGCCGGAAUCACCAGUGGUGACGCAGCAUGCCGAACAAUACACCUCGUCAUACACCGCUUACCCUGCACCUCACCGCCGUCCUCCGGCGCCAUACAUGCGCCCUCAAAAGCCGCCGCCGCCGCCGCCGGCGUACUAUGGUGGUGGUUGGUACUGGGGCGAAGCUGUUGGGGAAUACGGCGGCGGUGGAUACUACGGGUACCGACCUCCACAACCGCUGCCGUACGGUGGUGGUGGGUAUGGGUAUUGCCCUCCGUCUGAGUUCGGUUGGGGAGCCGGCGGUGGUGGCUACAGCUACUACGAUGGCGGUUAUGGAGGCGGCGGCGGCUACGGAGGUGGUGGUGGCGGUGGCUAUGGAAGGCCACCACCACACAUGAGCACGGGGUGGCUAGCGGCCGCCGGAGCUGCUGCUUAUGGAGUCUACCAGCACCACAUGCGCAAACACCACCAGGGACAUGGACAUGGACAUGGACAUGGUGGAGAUGGCUGCAGCUGUGGUGCCAUGCGCGGGGAGUUCGAGCACGAACACCACACCAAGUUUAAGCAUUCUUCCACUGCUGCUCACCACGAUGGCAAGUGCUGCAGUGAGAAUGAUGGGCCGCACGUCACGGUACUGGCGGAGACGAAGCGAGCUACCGAGGUCGUCCAAGCUUAA